AAGUGACACGUGUUUCGGUUUUUAAUUUGUUUGAUUAGGGUGGCGUGUGUAAUUUUUGGAAUUAAAUAAUUCGUCAAUUGACGACGAAAUACAGUUUCUAUUAACAAAAUGUUGAAAGCAGCGGCUGUUGCAACAAAAUUUUUCAAUGAGUACAACACUAAAACAUCAAAAAAAUUGAAAGUAAUAGAUGCAUAUUUAUUUUAUAUUUUAGUAACUGGAGUUAUACAGUUUUUUUACUGUCUGUUGGUGGGUACAUUCCCAUUCAAUUCUUUCUUAAGUGGAUUUAUUUCUACGGUCGGUUGUUUUGUGUUGGCUGUUUGUUUGCGACUCCAAGUUAAUCCAGAAAAUAAGAAUCAAUUCUUCGGUAUCAGCCCUGAGAGAGGAUUUGCCGAUUUUAUUUUUGCGCAUGUGGUGCUUCAUCUAGUUGUCAUGAAUUUUAUAGGCUAAUUAAUAAAAUGUUACACCAUAAGGAAACACAUGUAAAAUAUAGGUGAAUCCAAGUAUUUAUUUUAUUCAACUUGAUCACCCACAACCAUAACACAUU